UUUUUGCUGUGCCCAACAUAAAAUUGAAAAAUCUCGCAAACUUACAGCAGAUAGUCAGGUUCGGAAAUGUAGCAGCGAAUUUCGUCGUGAAAAACCGCUUCAAAUCGAUCGAAACUAGUGUCCGCGGACGGGCGCGCUGUUGGCCAGCGGAUUUCCGGUAUUGUUCGGUUCCGUCGGCGUGUAUUUGCAGGGAAAAAAGUGUUUUUCUGCCAUCCCGUGGAGUCAGGGAAAAAACGAGUCCAUCUUGCGUUUUUGGUGUUGGAGGUCUCUUCAAAACGGAGAGACGAAGAGGGCGACGACGACGACGACGAAUCGACCCAAUGGAAGUAACUCAUACAAUCGCGUAACGAGACAACACAGAUACCGCACCAAUACCUCAACAAACCCAGAAGAGUGUACGCAGCGUAGAGCGAGAAAAACAUCAGCAAAAGCAAAAGAAACCCAACAACAAGUAGUAACGACGGUGGGACAUUGAAAGCGUUUUCGCGUUCCAGUUCGCUGCCGUGCGCGCACUCGAAUCAAAUUUCCACACAACAUGGGCAAACGACACGUCGUGGACCAUGGCGGCGAUCAGUUCGAGACGCCCCAGAAGCGGCAGAAGGUGGCGACGGCGGCGGCGGUUUCGCCGUUCGUCGAGAUGAGCCCGAUGAGUUGCAGUCCGGCGCUGAACAUGAGCUUUACGCUGACGCGCGAGUUUGUGGAUGGCACCAUUCUGACGGAUUUGGCUCUCAAAGACUGGCGCAUCGGAAAACCCAUCGGCAAGGGCAGCUUUGGGGAGAUCUUCCUAGCCUCGGAUAACGUCUUCAAGCCGGUUACGAGCGAAAACGCCAAGUACGUGGUCAAGAUCGAGCCCCACUCGAACGGGCCGCUGUUUGUGGAGAUUCACGCGCUGCUCAACACCGCCAAGCGCACCGACUCCAACGAGAUCCCCGCCGGCAUGCCCGAGUACAUCGCGUCCGGCUCGCACUACUUCAAGAACGAACGGUACCGCUUCCUCAUCCUCAAGCGCUACCAACGCGAUCUCCACUCGCUCAUCAAGAACCGUCGCGUCGACCCGGCCAGCGUGCCCGUCAUCGCGCUCCAAAUCCUCGACGUGCUCGAGCACCUGCACGACAAAGGUUACGUCCACUCGGACAUCAAAGCGGAAAACCUCAUGAUCGGCAAGGUCCCCGCCUCGGCCCUGCUCGACCUCAAAAGCUCCAAAUGCUUCCAGGAAGAACCCCCCGCACCAACCCCCCCAGCCAAGCAGAAAAAGCACAAAAACACCGUCAACGGCCACAACGGCCUCACCAGCACGCCCACAGUCCUAACAAAAAAAGCGCCCACCGACUUCAGCGGCUCCAACCCGGUCCGCUCGUGUCGCAACGGCUCCGACGAGUUCGUCACGUCCGGCACCUACAAGGACAUGGUCAAGAGCCACUACCUGCGCCCCCUCAAAAACAUCGUUUACCGCGACGACAGCGACGAAGAAGCGGCGGACGGCAAACACGGCAAGAAGAAGCGCAGCAAGCGCAAGGACGGCGACGCCAGCAAGUCCUUCUUCUACACCAUCACCACCAAGAACGUGAGCGAAAACUUCAAGCAAAUCGACGUCCAGGUCAGCCGGAACGGCGCAGCCCUCGCGUACGUCGCCGCGGAACCCAAGCUGGCCCAGGACGUCGUGAUGGAGGAGCGCAUUCAUCUGAUUGAUUUUGGGCUCGCGUCCAAGUUUAUCGACAGCACCGGGCAGCACCGGCCGUUCUGCAUGGACCAGCGGAGGGCGCACGACGGGACGCUGGAGUACACGUCGCGGGAUGCGCACAUGGGGGCGCACGCGAGGCGCAGCGAUUUGGAGUGUUUGGGCUACAACCUCAUCUACUGGAGCCGGGGCUUCCUGCCGUGGAAGGACGAGAAAAUGCUCAACCAGCCGGAGCAGGUGCACCGCAUGAAGGAGUACUUCAUGACGGACGUGCGCGAGAUGCUCAAGCUGAUCUACGGCGAGGACUGUCCGAAAUAUCUCGGUGAGUUUCUGCACUACGUCGGCGGGCUGAACUACGACGACCGGCCAGACUACGAAUUCCUCCGGUCGCUGUUCUGCCAGGAGCUGCGUCGGCUCGGCCAGAAGCCGUGCGGUCCGUACCUCAAGCUGAACGUGCACAACAUCGUGAAGCUGAGCGAACCGUUGACGGCCCAGGACGAGGCGGAGAUCACCAACAAAAUCAACCACGUCAAGUCGCUGAUGAAGAUGGGCGUGCUGCCGUACCGGGAGAGCACCCUGCACAACAAGACGACCUCGCCGAAGAACCUGCGCUCGAAGCGGGACAGCACCCGCACGCCGGGCAACAACGGGACGGCUCGGAAUGGGGCGACCAGCACUGCCAAGAAGGAGAAACCGUUCUCGUGGUCGGAGAUUCUGAGCACCGAUCCGGAUCAGAUUGCGCGGGAACGUGCCGAGAAGGAGUUCGAGCGGGCCGACCUGGUCGAGGAGGUUGUGAUCAAGUACAGCGGCAAUCCGACGUACGCGAUUCGGGAGUUGGAGAAUAAGCGGGAGAGUGGGGUUGGCGGUGGCGGGCUGGAGUACACCGAGACUGAGGGCUACAUCCGGGGCUACACGAAACCGAUGAUGGACAUCUUGAGGAAGCGACAGUCGCAGCUAAUACGGGAUGUGAUACGGGAGAGGAAUUGUGGCAACGGGGUGAAAGAGCCGCCCGAUGAGCAGAAAGCGGAGGUUGUUGAGGAAGAGGUGGAAGAGGAGCAGAAUGAGGACGAUGGAAGUGAAGAUGGGGAGCAGAAGGAAGAGGAGGAGGAUGAGGAGGAGGAAGAAGAGGUCGAGGAAGAUGGCAGUGAUAAUGAGAGUGUUCGUUCCGACGCGGCAUCGGAAGCGGACUCCGGAAAUGACGACGUUGACGGGGAGGAAGAACAGGAAGAGGAGAUGGAGCAGCAGGAGGAAGAAGUUGAGGAAGAUACUGCCUCGGACCACUCGGAAGUGGUGCAGCAGAAGAGUAAGGGUCGGAGAAGGUUGCUGCACUCGGAGAGCAGUGACCAGCAGGACAGUGACUUCAACGAUCAGGACAGCUCGGAGAACGAUAGCCGAGAUGCGCGCAAAAAGAAGAAACGUGGCCGCCCAAGACUGAACCGGGAACAGCCCAAGUCCCGGUCGAAACACUCAAAAUCCGCCAACGCUGACAACAAUACAAAAGUUCCUGUGAUAGCCAGAAAUAACAACAACAACAAGCCGUACUACGGAGACGUGGACGAUUCUUCGCACGACGUGCCGUUGUCGCAGCAAAAGUUUCUGUUGCUGAAGCGCCGCAAGUCGGGUCUGCGCGAGCGGAUACGACCGACUGACCGGAGUGCCAAGUACCACGACGAUUUGGCGCUUAAAAAGUCCAAACGGUCACCGCGCAAACGCUACAGCGACGACGAAGACUACCGGGUGGACGACAGUUCCUGCAGCUCAAGCCAGUCGACCAACUCGAUCGCGUCCACGGCGUCUACCGCAAGCAGCACCAGCAGCACGAAUUCGAACUUUUCCGAAGAUCGUCGUUCCGGCGGCGCCGUACGCAAAUCUUCCCGUAAGCGAACCAAACGGUCCUACUCCAGCAGCAGCCGGUCGGUCGCGUCCCACAGCUCUCGUUCCUCUUCCGUGCACAACGCCUCGGCAACUCACGGCACCACCAAUGGGCACAGUGAGACGACAUCGGCAGCGCCAGCACCGCCGCCACUAGCACCAUCGCAACGCCCCUCGGCGUUUGUCGCCGACGAGGAAGACUUCUACGACGACGACGACACUCGCGACAUGGACUACAGCCCGUGCAAGGUGAAGCGGGGUCGGAAACCGGGCGCGCUGACGGCCGCUGGCCGCAAGAACGGUACCAAGAAGCGGCUCGCCGAAGUCAAAGGGCCAGCGGCAACCGUAGCCAAAGGCGGAGGUGUCGUUGCUGGCCUGCGAGGGAGACGGGGAGACCACCAGGUCCGGACGUACAGCCGGGGAUAGUCGUCAACGGUCGGCGGAGGAAAAGCUGCCAGCUGCUGCCAGGCGUCGCCGUCGGUUGUUCCAGCUCGAGCCGGGAGCACCAUGGAACGGCGCAACUACUCUACAGCUUCCGGGAGAAGGCAACAUUCUCAGCGUUGAGAAGCGCGAAGAACACCUUCGGCAGCGAAGAAACUUUGAUUUUCUUGUAAAUAGUUAUAACAACAAGCUGUUUCAACUAUGUCUGUUUACUUUUUUUUUUUCGUACCAUUUACUUAUAAUAGCUAUUAUUCAAUUUUCAAUUAAUCUGCGCCGAACCGUUUUGUUAGCAGUAAUCAAUUUUCCUUUCUUUUUUGCAAUCCUGUAAAGUACACGGAAUUAGACUGGCGAGACAAGAAUGUUAUACUGUUUUGUUUCCUCCCAGUUAAAAAAUGCAACAAAUUUCGACCUUUGCUUACGGAAUAAAACUUAGUUCGUUUUUAUUUUUCAAUUUUCGAAUCAACCGAAGUUUGUAAGAUACAAAGUCUGUACUUUUCUCUCAAAUUAAUAUUCCAGUAUAAAUAAAGAAGGGGAAGAGAAAGCAAAACUAUCCAAAAUUUUCGUGUAUUUGUAGUGUAGUCAACACAACUAGUAAAUCAACUCAGCGAGCUGCUAGGAAAAACAAAUGAAGCAAUUUUAAACUGCAAACCACUCUAUGUAUAACAUCUAUCAAACUUGAAGCCAGAACAGUUCACCCACACGACAAAAAAAAGGAACUCGUUUUUUAUAAGAAUCUCCAACGCCGAAUGCGCGCCACAGCUCGUGACGAAAUAGCCAAUUCAGUAUGAGUAAAGUAAAGAAAUAGCCAGCGUUCUUUUCCUAAAUCCGAAAACGCAAUCUUUAGCUAAUGUUUGUUACAGCAUAAACAAAACAAAAAAGAAACUACUAAUCGUUAGAAAAUCAAAACAAGACACACCUCAGAUUUGUUGAAAGCUAGACGAAAGGGCGUAACUGUGAGCCAACUUUACUAUACGGUAUUUCCUUCUUCCGCCGAUCACAGCAAGACAACCGGAAACAAAUAAUGCUGUUAAAGUGUUUGAUUUUCUCGCUCUGAGGGGUGAGCGACAGUUUCAAAACGUGCAAGAAAUUGAAUGUUUGUUAGUAAUGUGCAGGAGGAAGAGAGAGGACAUCCUAACUAGAUGUAUUUAAAGUAAUUAUGAAACUAAACAAUUAAAUGAUUGCAUUAUACCGUUACACCGUGCAAACAACAAAGAAAAAAAUAAAGCAAAAUGAUCCAAGCAAAUAUUUGAAAAAGAAGAUAAAAAAACUGAUGAUGACAUAAAACAAAACACACACAUUUAUUCGAAACCCAUGAAGAAAGCAAGCCUGUAUUAUAGUUAAGUCUGUAGAAAAUAUUAAGGGAAAGUAAGAGAGACCUAGACAGCUGCAGUGAGUAUCGAUCAAAUAUUAUCAAACUAAUAUGAAAUAAUAAAAUAAUUAUAAUAAUCAAA